AUGGAUCCAGCCGCCAAACGCCUGCGGGCCAACACCUUAGGGGAUGCGGAGACCACAGGGGCCGAAGCUCCAUCCACACAAACAGCAGCAGAGAAGGCUACCCAGCUUGUCGAUAAGAUCGAUGCACAGGAGGUUUCCAAAAUUCUCAUUCAAGCUGCCCAGACACAUCCGGAUGUAAUGGCCAUGCUAGACGAUUCAUUCCGCGCUAUGGUCGAGCGCGAGCGAGCCCGCGUGAUCACUUUUGACUAUUAUUCAAGUUCAAUCUGGAGGGAGAUCAAUGUCAGUUACAAAUCCAUGCGCGGCUCGCAGCAAUAUGAACAAGCAUUUGAUGUUGCUUCGGAGACGUCCAGUACCAUUCAAUCGAUUGCGAGACAGUGUGGUCGCAACGCAAAUCCCCAAACGCGCUACAACGGUCUCUCCGUGCUACGCAAGAUUGGAAAGACAAUUUGCCUUUCUCAAGGCAACACGAUUGCACAUGAGGUGCAGAAACAUUUCCAAUCGGAUGAUGCGCUUGUGAAAGGAAUGAUCAGUAUCAUUAACUCGAUGGGAGAUGAUGAACUCGAAUCGAUCGCCAACCAGGAGGACACGGAGAAACUGUACCCAAAGUUGGUGGAGCUCGACCAGCUAUCAGAGGACCGAUGUCUCUUCGAGGGAAUUCAAGACGUGCCUUGGAACGUGGGCGGAUAUGCAGCCGACAGAGAAGAGAAGGGAUAUGGAAAGAUAGAGGAAGCCGAGCAAGAGAAAGCAGAACCUGAGGUUAUUGUCAUUGAAUAG